GUUGAGGGUUUGCGCUCUAUUGACCGACGGCAAUGCGGAUCCGCAAGAGCGCCGAUGUGAUCAUCGCCGGGGCCGGUAUCAUGGGCCUGCACACGGCCUUUCAGCUCAAGCGCCGGGCUCCGGAGCUUGGCGUGCGCGUGCUGGAGCGGGCCCGUGCGGUGGGCCAAGGCUCCACGGGCUUUUCCAGCGCAGUGUUGCGCUGCCGUUAUACUCUGCCCAGUAUGGUGGAUGUUGCUGCGGAGGGCCUCAAGAUUCACAACAACUGGAGUGACUACCUGGAGCUGCCCCGGCCCCUGGCCAGUUUCACCCAGCAUCCGAUCCUAUGGGUGAUGCCUGAGACGACUUAUCAGCAGGAUGUCCAGCGCCUCGCACGCCAUGGCCUCAACACCACGGUUUACUACAGCGCGGAUGAGGUGGGGGAGCGCUUCCCCGCCCUUGAUUUCUCGCAGGACGAGCGAACCGGCGUGGUUCAGUACUUUGUGGAAGAGGAUGGAGGCUACUUUGAUCCCACGGCCGCGCUCACAGAUCUCCUGACCGCCUGUCGCAACAUUGGCGUGGAGGUCAUGUUCAACACGGAGAUUGAGCGCGUGCAUGUGAUGGACGACUCGACCAUCGAGCUCGUCAAGCUCAGCACUGGAGAUUCGGUGCCGUGCGGGGCCUUGGUCAACUGUACGGGUCCGUGGCACGACAAACUGAAUGACAUUGUGGGCUGGGAUAACGACUGGGACAUUCAACCUGCCCGCAUCCAGGUCGUCCACAAGCCUCUAGUCAAGCAGGACCCAGCAGCUGAGGAUAUUCCCGCCGUUUGCGAUGCCGUCAACGGCGUGUAUUUUCGCCCUCAUCUGCAGGGCGACCACAUUAUCAUCUCCACGGUGCGCCCCCAGGAUGAGGAGGAGCGUGUGGAGGAGCCCGAUGACUUUAACACGGCGGCCGACCCCGAGGUGCGCCAGCGCUACCUCAGCAGCCUGCACGCUCGCAUUCCCGGGUUGACACCUCGCGGCACGGUGGCGGGCUAUUCGGCACUCUACACGGUCAAUUACGCCGACAGCCACCCCGUGGUCGGUCGGGUCCACCCUUUCACCAAUUACCUUGUGGCCAACGGUUUUACCGGACACGGCUUUAAGUUGAGCCCUGUCGUGGGCGCUGCCCUGGCCCAGGCCAUUACCGGUUCCACCACUCGCCACUUUGACACGCGCACCGACUGGGCAUUCCUGAGUCCCAACCGCAACCCGAUUACUGCACAUCGCCAGGGCGUCCUGUCGUGACAGCCCCGCUGCCUUGGAUUUAAAUCUUUUUUUUUGGACACCAAGAAGAGCCAUGCGGUCUGCGUCAAUUGAUAGAAUAAUAUGAUUAUGUGAAGCAAAACUGAGGGGCACCCAAUAUGUCUGUACUUGAAGGCAACAAGGAGUGUCCGCAGACGCCAAGGCACAGGGCAAAACGGAAGGCAUACACGGCAGCGGACAUGAAGCGCAAAGUCAAGACGGGGUCGAUAGGGCGUGUCGCGCAGCGUGCACGGCCUGUUGUACGGCUUGAGACCAAGUAGGUGCGUCGAGGGGACUGUCGGUGUUUGAGCGUGCCUCCUGAUGGAGCAGAUUGUCCAUGAGGUGGGUUAAAAAGUGAGCCGAGCCAUGUUCUUGGCCGCCAAUGUGUAGCGCGCGGUGUUCCGCCGGUACAUUAUCCUCUCGAGCUGCCACGGAAACAAACGGCAAGCCUUGAUCCCCAAAGCGGCCCAUGGGUCCGUCAUUGCUGUGUGGACUGUCACCCAGGGCCACGGCACGGUCAAGGGCGAUCGGUAUGUCCUUGAAGUAGGCGUCGGGCAAGUGGUCCACGAUGGUGGCCGCAUCGGUGCGCCGAAACCAGUCAAUGACCACGGCCUUGUCCAGGCCACGACGAUAGAUCCAAACGCUGUUGGGGGCGAAGGAUUGUUCCAGACCAUGCUCUGCAAGAAAGGGCUCAAG